AUGGCGGCGACGUCGCUUCCCUUGCCGAACGUGGGGGGCGUCGGAAACCCUAAUUUCGAUGGGAACCCCGCGGGAUCGGCCAUGCCCGCUGCGCCGGGGACGGACAUGACGGGGAUAUGCUUCCGGGAUCAGCUGUGGCUUAACACCUACCCCCUAGAUCGGAACUUGGUGUUCGAUUAUUUUGCCCUCUCUCCCUUCUACGACUGGACCUGUAACAAUGAGCAGCUCCGCCUCCGAUCCGUCCACCCCCUGGACACCGCCCAUCUCUCGUAGGUGUCUGCAGAAUUCUUCAUGGGGAUGGUCGUUGGGGUGAUCGCUUCUUUGUUGAUGCUGAUUUUGAUUUUUGUGCGCAUAGAAAGAUGACGGGGAACGAGUACAUGCUCAGCGAAGUGAUGGAACCUCAUUUGUUUGUGAUCCGGAAGCAGAAGAGGGAUGGCCCGGAGAAAACCACGCCAUUGCUGACCUACUACAUCCUUGACGGAUCCAUCUACCAAUCCCCGCAGCUUUGCAAUGUCUUUGCUGCGCGUAUUGUAAGCUCCUGUUGGGUUUCUGGUUUUUUGAUUACCUGAUGACACUUGAACUGCCGUUUAUUUUUUUCUUUGUUUUGUGAUUAUUGUUUCUUUCCAUUGAGAUAGCUAGUACAGUGAUAAAAUCUAAAUUUAUAAUGUGCGACGAUACCUCUUAUAUCCGUAGUGGUUGUAGGAGUCUUUUUUUUUCUAAUUGUGGGCAGUACGAGGUUUUUUGGGUAAAUAAUGCCACUCAAGAGGUUACGAUGAAGGUAAAACGAACUUUCUCUUUGACAACCCGUGGCUCUGUGUGGCUUGCCAGAAGGGGACCCUUGCAUGUGGAAUGAUAUCUGCUGGUAGUAGGAAAGGAAAGAGACUCGCGUCAAUCAUAGUUCUUGCUACAUUAGUUGACAUUUAACAUGAAUAAAAGUGUUUAAUUGAUUUAAAGUUCAUGAUAUGCAACAACCAUUGGGUGUGACUGCUAGACAUUCAGGAUUCAAUAUAUUUCUUGACUUAAAUUAUAUAAUGCAUCUGUGUUGAAGAGAAUGCAUUCAGGUGGGGUACUUUUCACCUAACAGCCUUAUCUCCUGCACAUCGACCCAUCGGCUUGUUCUUUCAUGGCAUCAUUGUGUUACCAUUUUGCCGAAAUCACGCCUUUCCCCUCUAUUUUUUUAAGAAAUUUUUUAUGUGGAUUGCUGACGUGAAGGGAAAUCAAGUGAUCCAAGUUAUACAGCCCAUAUGUUUUAGGUAGAAUUACGAAAAUUUUCUUAACUUUGUUGGUUCAAUAUGAACUUGAAAUCUUUAUUACUCAUCUUUGCUACUGGACAGUAUCGUGCCCUCAUGAAAAACCAAAAAGAAAGAGGAUACUUACAUUUAUAUUAUGAGUCCUUUCAAAACUCCUGUCGCUUAUCAAACAUACUGUACUAACUGUAUAAUUCUCCCAAAAUCGGAGUGCCUUCCUUGUCAUUAAAAUAAAUUCUAGCCUAUUCCCUUUAUCCAUCACAAAUUGUAUGAAACUUUAGAGUUGGUAUUUAAUUUUUUUAGCCUUAACAUUAUAGCAUGGACGUGCUUAGUGAUGAAGAUUCCGCUAGCAUCGUGAUGGAAUUAUGGAAAACAGAGUCACAAAAUGCUGUCACCCCUUCUGUAAUGGAACAGCAUGAAAGAGAGCGUGACCCAGAGUAUGUUGCUGUUAUCUUAGAUAUUUCCUUUUUGAAGGUGGCGGAGUUGAUGAAUUAGCAUAGGGUACAUGAAAAAUAUGACAUACAAAGAAUCUAUUUCCAACUGAAUUUGAUGUCUCACAUCUAAUCCAUGCUCCCAAAACAAAAAAGACUGCAAAUUUAGUCUUCCUGACCCUGCCACCUGCCCUACAAUGUGGUAGAUCGGAAGUCAUAGGGCCACUCCCUUGUAACGAAAAGUGUCUCCAACUCCUGAGGAUUUUAUGCACCAAGAUCAAGUAUGGUUCUCUGCCUACCUUCUGGGUAGGAAGCUAUUCCAGAAGAGGUGAGAACUACAAUUCAGAAUUCCUGUCUAAAAUGGUUUCUUAUUUCUUUCCCACCCAACACUGCAAAUAUUGGUAGGAAUGCCAAAACUUCGAUAGGUAAGGGUAUGUUGAAUUCCAUAGGCACAGGAGCUGAAAAUGAUGUUUGGUUGUCGGUAUUGAGCGUUGAUUAUUCUAGCGAGUAGCCUCAAAAUAAUGUCUAUUUUUUUGCCGUCCACAAACUGAUAUCUAGAGCUUUCUUGAACGGUUUGUUGAAAGUGUAAUCCUGCUUAUGUUCAGAUUAUUUACCACUAGGAAAUCACUGCCUUAAAAUUUUUCGCACAAAUGAGCUAGCCCUAUAUGGGGGAACGGGACUUUUCAUUAUAUAAGGUGACUCCAACAGACUCCCAACUUUUGGUUCGACAUUCUUCACAAAUGACUUUUUCUAUUUGCAGAAAUUUCCAUCCUCACAAGGUUUUCGAUAAUAAGGUCCAUUGAAGAUGAAAGUAAUCCGAUUGUCUGUUCGGCAUGCUUCUAGUAAAUUUCAUGAUCUAAGGGUUUCCUUGGCAUUUGUCUAAGGCUUUCCACCUGUAAAUGAUUACUUAAUGACAGGUUUAGUAAUAUUUUUUUGGAUGACUCCGCUCCACCAUAAUUUUUUUUCCCCUGGUUUCAGCAGUUAUUUGGUCAGUAAAGCUUUGUUUAAGGUCUCCUAGGUCACAAGGACCUGUUCUGCAUCGGGUUUUUAAGUGGAUAGCACGACAUCUGUAUUCAAUAUAGGAGAAGAAUAUAACAGCUAUAUUAUCAAUAAGCUCUCGAAAAUGCCUUCUUUACAAUGUGCUUGUGGUGUACCGGAGGAUGGUAUAGACCAUGGCGCACUUGCCCAUCAGAUAAUAUGUGAGCCCUCUCCGACAAUUAAGAACACACAGAGUUGGCUAUCCUCUCUAUCGAACAGCUUUUGAGCUUUUAAUGAUCUGGGUAUUCUGCUGGCUCCAAACGGCCCAGAUUUGUAGGACAAGGGACCUAACAUUUUCAACUUCUUCUAACAGUCCUUUGAAAAAAAUUUCUUCGAUAGGCUUUCUGUUGUUUGGUGAAAUGCGAUCCUUUCAUGUCAUUUCCUCCACAUUCCUGAACUUGGAAUAUAUAACACUAUUUUCCUGUUCACCGUUUGGGCAUCAUCGAGGUAUACUUUUUGAUGGUUCUGUUGCAGGCUAAGUCAUUUAUUUUGGCGGUUUUCUUCUACCUUCUGACUAUGAUGCUCCAUUCUCAGGGUCGAGCUAUUUAUCAUAUUUCAAAAUCUUUUAAAAUUGCUGCCUCAAAAUUGGAGAAGAUCGGUUAUGGUACGUACUUUCUGGCUUUCAGCAAUAAACUAUCUGUACAAGUAGAUUUUCUUUACGCAAUUCCCUUCUCACAGGGCGUAUCUUUGCUGCUUUUGGUUUCUGAAUUGGUUUUAUAGAUUAUUUUCUAAAAUGCAUGUGGCUGAAGUUACGAUGUCUGACGGUAAUUAACGAGAAACAACCGUUCUCUGAUCCAUCUUGACCGAACUCCAUCGCUCAUACAUAGAAAAUCCACAUUUACCCUCUCAGGAAAUCAUUUUUGCCAUCUCUUAAAUUUAAUUAUCGGUCCUCGGAUCUAAUCUGAUCUUCAGUUAACUCUUAUGGUUUUUUAUUGGAUUCAUCUCAUAUGCUUGUAAUAUAUUCUAGAUAGGACGACAAAAAAGAUUAAGGUCUGUGACACUUUUAACGGAUCCGGUCGGAGGUAGAAGAACCAAAGGAAUUAUCUUCAUUCUCUCACGCAUCUGAAUUUAGAUAAAGCAACGGCCAGUUUGAACCAACAUUUAUCAUUGCUGAUAGAUGCUUCUCCGAAGCCAUGGUCAUUUACUCUUUGAAGAAACCUGACUGGUGCCGACGUGAGCAGCUUAUUAUCCUCCAUGUGUCUGCAUCUCGAGUUUCUGACGCUAUGUGGUCGCAGAUGUUGCUGAUGAUGAAUGCGCCGUCGUAGAGCCAAAGGCUGGGAAAGAGACGAUUGAUCGCAAAGAAGUUAUGCGAGUAGACCACAUUCUUGCACAGUUGCAGCGCAAGGUAACGUAAUUCUGCUCUCCUCUCCGUUCAACGAAAGCAAAUGCAUCACGAAACUCAGCCCUGGCGUCGGUAGGACGGGUGAUUUCAUCUAUUCCACUUUUUUCGCAGCUCCCCCCAGCUCCGCCCCCGCCUCCAUUCCCGCACGGCUACGUCCCCCUUGUAACCUCAGACUUGGAGAAGGUUCCUGAAGACAGACAAGCUGCCGAGCCGCAGCUCUCUGCAGAUCCUAUAAUCGACCAAGGUCCGUCAAAACGGCUCAAAUAUUAA